AUUAAAGCGUUUGCAGCAUAGCCUGUUCUCUUCUGUGUUGCAAAGAACGUCCUCCCACGAUGGGAACUGCUUACGCUGCUGCCUUUUUCGUGGCCCUCUACGGUAUUGUCUCGGCCAAGCUGGGUCCCCCAGGCGGACCGAUGAAGCUGGCGUACGAAGUUGCAGAUAGCUACGAGGCGUUCUCCAACUUUCCCUACUCGGUGGCCAUAUCGGACUCGGACAACGACACCAUGUUCGAGUGCGUGGUCGCCAACAGGACAGAGAUCGACCCGGAGUCGCGGACGGCCACCUUCGUCUGGCACUUCCCGGAGACGGACCAUUCGCCUGAGCAAUAUAUUCCGUUUCAUGGAAAGGCCGGAUCAAGUCCGGGAACGAUGGAAGUUACUGUCGGGGACGACCCUACAGUCCGGGACGGCAUCUUCUACUACUCCACCAAGGACUGCGUCGUAAUGGACCUGGAGUAUCGCGGACACCAGUGCCUUCUCUGGACCAAGUGGAUAUACAAGGAUUCCGUGCCACAGGACUGCAUCGAUCACUUUGUAGACGCGUGUGGCGCCGUACCUCCGGCACACAGCAGAGACCUCUGCCCCGAUGGAGAAGGGGACUACUAGAUCAACGGGGCCCAUGGCUGUCCUCCGAGAUGGCGAAGGGGCUCCGAAGGCUUUGGAGGCCGUAAUGGUGCACUGCUGAGCAUUAGAGCGAGCAAACUUAUGGAGUUAUGCUAGAUGUCCAACUAAUAUCGGCAGUAACGAAAAAAGUGAAACCAAUUUUGUUAACAACCACGUUAUGCUCUGCAUUUGUGUCUGCGAGUGUGUCAUAAUACCCAACGUCUUGAGUGUCGAAACCGCACGAUGCAUAUGAGGCACGCCCUUGUGAAGGGCUCCACAUAGCAUUUAAACCAAGUGGUGUUCUUCAACGUACACUGACUUAGCGAAGAACACGGACCUCUGGGAUUUUGCGUCCACCGAAACAUGUCACCGCCGCAGGCGCAAUCGAACCCAUCACCUCCAGUUCAGAAGCGGAACGCGGUCAACGCUGUUCUACCGAGGUGGACAAGAAUGAUGAUUGAGUGAGUGAGUGAGUGAGUGAGUGAGUGAGUGAGUGAG